AUGUCCGAACAACAACCAGAGGCAGCAGCCAGUUCCGAUAAUGGGAACAGAAACAAGAUGGGUCUUAUGGGCGCAACUAGUUACAUCAUUGGGAACAUCGUUGGAGCGGGUAUUUUUAUUGCGCCUACAGCCAUACUUCAAAAUACCGGAACGGUUGGUUUGUCGCUGUGUGUUUGGACACUAUCUGCACUCAUCUCAGUGAUGGGAUCGUUUUGUUACGUUGAGCUUGGUACUAGCAUACGCAUUUCUGGUGCUGAUUUUGCGUAUUUGUGUUAUGUGAAAUGGUAUUCAGUUGCGUUUGCGUUUAUGUGUGCGGGUUGCGCACUCAAUUAUCCGGCAACACUCGCAAUUCAAUCACAAACUUUCGCCGAAUAUGUCAUCAAAGGAUUUAAAUUGGAAUUGGCUGAUCCCACUCACGAAUACUAUGCGAAAAAACUCAUCGGAUUUUCAUUACUCUGGUUGUUGAUGUUUUUGAAUUUCUUCUCACUGAAAACGCUCGUCUCUCGAUUCCAAAUCGUUGCAACGUUAGCGAAAAUUCUUUCAACAGCGAUCGUUAUUUGCACAGGAUUUUACUUCUUAAUUUUCAAAGGUUGGACAGCAAAUUUGGAAGCGCCAUUUCAAGGGACCGAAUUCGAUGCUGGUAAUGUAGCGUUAGCAUUUUUCGGCGGUCUUUUUGCAUAUGAUGGAUGGGAUAUUUUGAAUUUCGGUGCAGAAGAAAUUGAGAAACCAAGACGGACAAUGCCAUUGGCUAUCAUUGUCGGAAUGAUAAUUGUAGCCAUUAUCUAUAUAGCAACAAAUAUUUCGUAUUUUGUUGUGCUUACCGCUGAUCAGGUGAAGGAUUCAAACGCCGUCGCAUCAUCCUUUGCCGCUCAAUCAAUGGGCAACUUUCAAUAUGCAGUACCAUUUUUGAUUUGCAUUCUUCUGAUAGGAUCAUUGAAUAGCAGUUUGUUUUCAGCUAGUCGGUACUUGCAAGCAGCCGCAAAACAAGGGCACUUACCAUCGUUUAUCAGCUGUGCAAAUGAUGUCAACGACAGCCCAAGAGCUGCAAUUUUUAUGAAUAUAGUCUUAUCACUUGGUUUAUCAUUCGCCGGUGAUCUCGAUACAUUGAUAAGUUACGUUGGUUUUGCGCAAUGGUCACAAAGAGCACUGACAAUGUUAGCCUUAUUAUGGAUUCGUUUUCGUCAUAUACCUGUACAUCCAGAUGCAAUCCGAACACCAAUUAUACUACCGAUCACAUUCUUCAUCAUCUGUUCCUCAUUAGUGAUUGUGACAGUUAUUGAAGAUAUCAAGGUUGCUGGCGUUGGCUUAUGUGUUAUUUUCGCAGGAUUCCUCAUCUAUUUUCUGUUCCUCUGGGAGCGUUCAUUACCUUCCACUAGAAUCUACCAAAAAGCAUCCUAUCUUCUCAAUAACGCGACAACAACGUUCACACAAAUCGUCUUCAACACGAUGCCAACUCGUGCACCAGCCGAAGAGAGCUUCCUAAUUCAAGAUCACUUAACAACCACAUCUGAGAAGAACAACGAUAUGAUCACGUCAAAAGAUCAUCAACAACGCAAAAAGACUAAUCCAAUCAAUCGGAUAUUCAGACAUCGUCGAGCUAAUGUCGCCGAUGUUAAAGCACCUCCACCGAACUAUUCAGAAACUGCUGUUGAAGAUGACAGAAAAUAA